GUAAGGAAACAACUAUAUGCAAUAUGUACACUUUAACAACUUCUACUUCAUACUACAUCCGUAUCCAUCAUGAAAUGGUUUAUAAAAGAAACACCCUCAUCUACGACUGAACUUCAUCUAUCUCCAUAUAGAAUAGUUUCACAAGAGAAUUAUUAUAACUAAUCAGAGUUUGUGUUUAUGGAGUUACAAGCACACAGGGAGCUACGAAUGCGACGACAACGAGCGUGACAUCGACGUCAAUACUCGCCACUACUACAACUCAACAGAACACAACUUUAAACGUAACCUCCACAACAACCAAUCAAAAUCUAACAUCUGUAAAUGCUACAGAAAAUUCUACUUCAAUCGAUACUAUCACCGUUUCAAACCCAAACGUAACAGAUUCUAACAUCACAAGAACUGAUACAAAUACAGUAAUUAUGGAUACUACAAUAUCAAUGAUGCCCCAUAACACAACAGCAAAUGUCACGACAGAGGUUACCAUACCUGUGAACUCAACCAUGAAGGAUGACAAUGUGACUACCGUUAUUAAUGCAACAACUACCUUUAUGCAAGACAAUGUGACAACCUUCAUUAAUGCCACAACAACUCAAAUCAUAACCGGUUCUUCAAAUGACACAAAAAUGAUUAAACCGGAAGCAUUGUCGUCAGAAAUAGUAGCAAGCAUAGCCGGUGCUGUGAGUGGUGUAGUUGUUGUUUGUUUGAUUAUCAUAGCUAUUAUUUUGUGCAAGAAGAAGACCGACAAAUCUCUCGGUAAACGGUACGAGGUCAAAAGUAGAGCUUUUACAGAAAGUAUGGCUUUUGCUGACAAUCGUGAAUCAAAGAUGUCCAACAACGAUCUUCAAAGAAUAUCAGAUGGAAAUCAAAACUAUCAUAUGAUUGAUGAGGAGACAUUCAUGUCCAAAAGGAAGGACAAUGGUAGUAGUGAAGACUUAAUAAACAGGAAGCAGAACGGAGGCGACAUAACUUCCGAAAAAGAAGAAAAUGAUAGUAGAGCUAGCGAUUCCGGAAUUGAAGUAAACCUAGACGAAAAAGUUGUAACUUUUAAGCCGAAAGCCUCAGCGAAAAUUGAAGGAAAUGAUAAAAAACAUGACGGAGACGUGGAGCACGUGUAUACGAAGUCCGUAAAACGUGGUAAAAAAACGGAAAAUGACAGCCCUUCCGUUGUUCAUUAUGAAACCAAGGACAAAUCAAAACAGAACUUCGAAAAUAGAGAGGUUAUUGAAACAAAUGAGAAUGAUAAGAAAAAUGGCGAUGAAGACAUAGAAGACGACGAUGAAGUCUACGCUAACGCUUAUUCUGCACCUUUAUCCGAGUCCAUAAAAGCAGUAAACAAUUUUAGUACUGAAAACAAGAAGGUUAAAGAAUCAAAAGAAAGUGAUAAAACAAAUGGCGAUGAAGAUAUACAAGACGAUGAUGAAGUCUACGUUAACGCUUAUUCUGUUUCUACGUCAGAUUCAAUAAAACAAAAGAACAGAUUUGGUACCGAAGAUAAACACAAAAUAGAACAGAACUCUGAAAAUCUGAAGGUUGAAGAAUCUAAGGAAAGUGAAAAGACAAAUGGCGACGAAGGUAUAGAAGACGACGAUGAAGUAUAUGCGAACGCUUAUUCGGCAUCUUCAUCAAAUUCAAUAAAAGCAGUAAGUAGCGAGUUAUGUAUUGAAGCACUCCGAUCUGCAGUUGAGAAAAAAGACACUGAAGACGUAUACGAUUUUGCCGUACCCAUUGAAGCCGACGAAAAGGACGUGGAAAAGACGAAAAAUGAAACCGAGAUUUCACUUGUAAAUCUAAAUAUAGUAGCAGAAGAUCACUACGAGGAUUCCAAGGAAACUCCUAUAAAAUCAGAAACAUUUUCUGAAGACGCCAUUUAUUAUAACGAGCAAGAAGAUGAUGAUGGUGAUGUCAUAUAUCAUAAUAAUGAAAUGGAUAACAAUACAACGACUCACGAAAACUCGGAAGAUGAUACUUACGACUGUGCGACGAGUACAAUCUCACAUGAGAAAACUUCUGAUGACAUAUAUGAUUCAACCAAAGAUAGUGAUUACGAUGUGACUCAUCAUGAAAGUGAGAAGAAAAGGUUUUUCAUCCGACCGUCUACCGGUGACAAUUAUGACCACUGUGAAUUACCUACUGAAAGGGAGGAUUACGAUUUAGUAGAGCUACCGGACAACUGCUAAUAUUUUAUUUCAUCACCUGAUAUAAUAAUUUUUCUUUGUUCUCUUCUUUUUCUACUUUCUCUUUGUGUAUUUUCCUUCUUAUGUUUUUUUUUUGUGAGAAAAUGUAUUACACCACUAAGACGUGUGGAACAUCAUGCGCCAAUGAUUUAUGACGUCAGAUUAAAAAUAAUUGAUUGAUUGUGUGCAUCGACAAUUUUAUGGAUUUCAACACUGGGUCAUUGAUCAACCCCCUCAAAUUAAAAAGAAUUGAAUAAGCUUUUGGGGUCGAACAUGCAUCCUCAUACUAUGUUCAAUUGUCUGAUUUGUCAAAACUACAUCCCUUCGCCAUCGUAUAUGUUCUGAGCUGAUAAAAACUUGUCAGUUUACCGUAAUAUUUGGUCGAACAUGCAUCCUCAUACUAUGUUCAAUUGUCUGAUUUGUCAAAACUACAUCCCUUCGUCAUCGUAUAUGUUCUGAGCUGAUAAAAACUUGUCAGUUUACCGUAAGAUUUGUUUGAAAGUAAUAUUAAAUGCAUUCCUACAACUUUUCACAGUUUUAUAAAACUGUCUAAUGCAGCGUUAUCUAUUGAUUCUUUUUUUUGAACAGAUAAUAAUAAUAAAAAAAACAACGUUAAAAAACUUUCCUUCACCGCUAUAUGUAAGUUUCUAUUUAUUUAAGUAGUUAAUAAUAUCAUAUAACAUUUCAAGAGUAUGUCAUUUAAUGUGAUUCGAUAGCUGCGGAACCGUAGCUCUUAGGUCCUUGUGUUAUUUUUUGACUAUUUGCGGACCAUAGAGAUACGGAUUUUUCCUAUUUCAAAACGUUCGGUAUUGCGACACAGGUUCAGGUCGCACUUAUUUCUCAAACAUUUAUUGUUUAUAAUCCAUGCAAAGCUUUUCAAUAUAUUUAGUUCGUUUCGUUAGAUAUUUUUCUAGGACAUGAUGUACCUAUUUAUGUUUGAAUAGUCAUUUCCUUAACACUAUUAUAUAAUUAUUUCCAUUUGUAUACAUUCUCCGCCUAUUUUGUUCAGCUAUAUUGAAUCUCGUCGUGACGUCACGAAAAUAAAGAAACGAUAAUCCAAAUAUCCUCGAUGUUGGAGGUGAGGAACGCCUACGAAAAACAAGAACAGAUAACUCAUGUAGAAAAACACGUGUAGGUUUGUUUACUUAUUUCUAAGCGAGAAUUGAGGACUUUCCAACAUUUAUCCAUACGAAAUAUUUAAAUACCUUGAAAGAAUUACUAUGUUCGUUAGGAUUUAGCUUUAAUAAAACGUACUUUCAUUCAAAAAGUCAUGAAAAUUAAAUAAAUGACAACGUAAACAAAACAACACGUGUUUUCCUAUAAAUGUUAUCUUUAAUUGUUUUCGGAGGCGUCCUUCAUCUGGCCCCUAAACAAAUAUAUAUACUGGUUCAGUGAUAAAGAUGCAUAUUGAGUGAAACAACCGGGUUUUACGGGUGAGACUUUUUACACCAAUAUACAUUAAACAUAAUAUGUUUGAAUACUAAUAUUACUUUAGGUAUUUCCAGGUUAUUUUAAAACCAAAAAUACUUUAUUUUAUAAAUAUAUAUUUGAUUUUAAAUCAGUUGUUUUCUCGUAACUUGUUAAAAUUUUACCAAUAUACCCAAAUAUAAGAUUGUUGAAACUGUUUUUGAGGUAUAUUGGGGUAUGUUGUAGUAUAUUGGGGUAAAAAGUCACGCCAGGGUUUUAUUAUAUAUUUUUACCAAAGUAUUCUAUUUAAAUUUUCAUUGAUUUGAUUCUACUUUACACAAUUUACACUUAGGUUGUUUCCCUUUGACAAGUGACAGGUCCAAGAACUCUGUUAUUUCCUUGUGCAUUUUUUUUUAGACAAUGAAUGAAAAUCAACACAAAAAAAAUCCUGCGCUUCAUCAAUGAUAUUAUACAGUGUGGUGUACUACUUUCGGUACACACUAUAUCAACAUUACAGAAAACAUCAUCAGCUUUAACUCAUAAUGACAUGUUAAGAGGGUCCUAUUAACUUCGUUUCUUCUUCUGACAGUUUCCGAUAUUCUAAUUUCUAACCUUUUAAAUCUGGACAAAUCACUACUUAACUUAAUCACCCACAACCCAAGUUGUCUUUCGGUGUAAAUUGUAUCCCCGAAUUGCUAAUUGACGAAUAAUACAUAUAGAAAUAAAUUUGGAAAGGCUAUAAAAAAAACCAUUGCAAGUAUUUCACUGUCAACACAGGACUAUAUUUCUAUGUGUUAUAUAAGCAACGAAAAUCAAAGGACAAUAACUGUGUUUCGAAGGAUAGGUUGAAAUUGGUAACCGAAAUUAGUGUUAUAAAUAAAAAAAUAUCGAUGACAGAUAAUUUAUGUUUGAAAGUACAAAAUGAAGUUAGCUUACUAAAAUAUAGAUUAAAUGUUAUUAAACAUGUUAACACAGCACACAGAUAAAAGUGUUCUUAAAGGCCAUACGGUGACCUAUAGUUGUUAAUUACUGUGGGUUUUUUAAAUUUCUUGUUGGAGAGUUGUCUCAUUUGCAAUCAUGCCACGUAUUCUUUUUUAUAUUUACACUAUUUUCUUCUUUGUCAUUCAUAUUUGAUAUUUGAAAAAUGUUUCACGUACGCGAAUUUUAGAUUUUAUCAAUAUACACAAAAUGACGUGGUGCUUAAAAUACUUUAAAACAAAAUUGGCUGCAGAGAAACUGUAUAUUUUAAAUUUGAAUAUUUAAUUGCAAACAUAUUUCUAACAUUAAAGUUCAUUCGUCAAAAUGCAAAAAAAUGCAGUUAAAUUCAGUGGCCCAACAUACAUAACAUUUUGCAGAUCUGUUUUGCAUUGCGAAAUUUCACCAAAAUUUACAGAGGCCGUCGUUAUAUGUAAUAUAAUUAAUCAAUGUGACAUUCCCAUCAUAUAGAGCUGUACAUAUGUUAUCGACUGGUUCGUACACAUCUCUUGCUUUCCAAUUUUUGCCAUUAAACUUUUCUGAUGAUAUUAUAUUCAGAAAUAAAACAUUUCGGACUCAUAAAAUCUUUGAUGUAUUGUUUUCAUUUUUGUUCAUAUACCUUAGUCUGCGACACGAGGACCAUACAUGCAGUAUUCUCAAAUUUUGCAUUUAUGUUUAUUUGUUGUAUGUUGUAACAUUAUAUAUUUUGAUUACAUUUAUUAAAUUGUAAAUAUCAAUAAAUGAAAGUUUGUCUCCUUGAGACUGUAAGCGCUCCGCA